GAAGGAGAGAGAGUCCUGAAGAAAGUCAAACUCCCAAACAGGAGCCCGAGAAGUAGAGAGCAUAGCAGAGGAUCAUCCGCCCAACAGCACACAACAGAUUUGCGGACAGCAGUGUCUCAGUGAAACCUGUGAAAACCUCCAGCUGUAACACGUGCCUGUGAGAAGAACUCGCGCUGGAUGUAACAGACACGCACCAGCAACUAUGUGCACGGGAACCGGGAAAGAGACGUACGGGUGUCAGCGCAACUUUAUCCUGCUCCUCUGGCUGAUCAUAGCCAACUGCGACGCAGAGAUUCUCUCAGACCCAAACGUGGUGGCCGCCUCCAACUGGAACAUGUCCAGCGGAGCUGAAAGAGGUCACUUCUUAAGGUUGGAUGCUCCCAUGAAUAACAUCACUACCUCUCAUGGUCAGAUGGCUGAGUUACAUUGCCAUGUUUCAGGGAACCCACCACCCAUUGUGCGCUGGCUAAAAAACGAUGCCCCUGUGGUCCAGGAACCGCGACGGAUCUCUUUGAGACCGACUUCGUACGGCUCACGUUUAAGAAUCCGAAACCUGGACACCACGGAUACCGGCUACUUUCAGUGUGUGGCUACCAACGCAUAUGGCACAGUAUCCACCACAGGAAUUUUGUUCGUCAAAUUUGAUCCGCAUCCCACCCCUCUGUCUGGAAGGCCCCCAAUAGAUGAGGCGGAUGAGGAUGGUUUCUGUCAACCUUACAGGGGCAUCGCUUGUGCCCGCUUCAUUGGAAACAGGAGUAUCUUUGUGGCCUCGCUGCAGAUGCAAGGCGAGAUCGAGACCCAAAUCACAGCUGCGUUCACCAUGAUCGGCACCUCUAACCACCUAUCGGAUCGCUGCUCCCAGUUCGCCAUCCCUUCCCUGUGCCACUUCGCCUUCCCGGCGUGCGAUCACAGCUCUGGCAUAGACAAACCGCGAGACUUGUGCAAGGAUGAGUGCGAGAUUUUGGAAAAUGACCUGUGCAAGACCGAGUACAUCAUUGCACGCUCCAACCCCCACAUCCUCAAACGCCUCAAACUGCCCAACUGUGAAGACCUGGCUCCUUCGGACAGCCCAGAGGCUGCCAACUGUAUGAGAAUAGGCAUCCCGAUUGCUGAAACCAUAAACAAAAGCCACAAAUGUUACAACAACAGCGGUUCGGACUACCGGGGCACAGCCAGCGUGACGAAAUCCGGUCGACAGUGUCAACCGUGGAAUUCACAGUAUCCUCACAGUCAUACCUUCCUGGCCAUGCGAUACCCAGAGCUGAACGGGGGACAUUCCUACUGUCGUAACCCUGGGAACAAGCACGACGCUCCCUGGUGCUUCACUCUGGAUGACAGUGUACGGAUGGAGCUCUGUGACAUUCCUCCAUGUGACUUGCCAAAGCAUGGCGGCAGCAGUAUGGGGAUCCUGUACAUCCUGGUACCGAGUGUGACUAUACCGCUGGCCAUCGCCCUGUUGUUCUUCUUCAUCUGUGUUUGCCGAAACAACCAGAAAGCUUCACGCUCGCCUGCUCCGCGGCAGCCCAAGCCGGUACGCGGCCAGAACGUGGCAAUGUCAAUGCUCACCGCCUACAAACCAAAGAGCAAAGCCAAAGAGCUUCCUCUAUCCGCUGUCCGCUUCAUGGAGGAGUUGGGUGAGAGUGCUUUUGGUAAGGUCUACAAAGGUCACCUGUACCUGCCAGGCAUGGAGCAUGCUCAGCUAGUGGCCAUAAAAACACUAAAAGACGUCUCGAACGCACAACAUUGGGGAGACUUCCAGCAGGAGGCAUCUGUCCUGUCAGAACUUCAUCAUCCCAAUGUGGUUUGUCUUCUGGGUGUCGUGACCCAGGAGCAGCCUGUCUGCAUGCUCUUCGAGUUCCUGGCCCAGGGCGACCUCCACGAGUUCCUCAUUAUGCGCUCGCCCCAUUCAGAUGUGGGCUGCAGUAGUGACGAAGAUGGCACCGUGAAGUCCAGUCUCGACCACGGAGACUUCUUGCACAUGGCCAUUCAGGUUGCUGCCGGGAUGGAGUAUCUCGCGAGCCAUUUCUUCGUCCACAAGGACCUAGCGGCAAGAAACAUCCUGGUUGGCGAGCAGCUUCACGUUAAGAUUUCUGACCUGGGAUUGUCCAGGGACACCUACACCUCGGAUUAUUACAGGGUCCAGCCCAAAACUCUGCUUCCCAUACGCUGGAUGUCACCAGAGGCCAUGGUUUAUGGGAAGUAUAGCACAGACUCGGACAUUUGGGCGUUUGGAGUGGUCCUGUGGGAGAUCUUCAGUUUCGGUCUGCAGCCCUAUUAUGGUUUCAGCAACCAGGAGGUGAUGGAAAUGGUGCGAAAGAGACAGCUGCUGCCCUGCCCGGAGGACUGCCCACCUCGCAUGUACACGUUGAUGACCGAGUGCUGGCAGGAGGGCCCCGCUCGCCGGCCACGAUUCAAAGACCUCCACGCCCGUCUGCGUGCCUGGGAGGGCCUGUCCUCCCACGCCAGCUCCAGCACUCCAUCCGGAGGGAACGCCACCACCCAAACUACCUCACUGAGCGCCAGCCCCGUCAGCAACCUUAGCAGCCCGCGCUACGCCGGAUAUAUCUAUGGAGCUCCGCAGAGUCUCCCACCCGGACAGAUUGCGGGCUUUAUGGCGGCGUCGAUGCCACAGAACCAGCAUUUUAUACCUGUGAACGGAUACCCCAUCCCUCCAGGCUACGCUGCUUUCCCCGCCGCUCAUUUCGCAGCUUCUCAAGGCCCUCCGCAGGUAGUGCAGCACUGCCCGCCGCCCAAGAGCAGGUCACCCAGCAGUGCCAGUGGCUCCACCAGUACAGGUCAUGUGACCAGCGUGCCUUCCACAGGCUCCAAUCAUGAUGCCAACACACCUUUACUCUCUCACUGUGUCACGCUGACACCCAUGACGGGCACGAUGCCUGUUUUUGGACAUAUGACGCAAAAGGGGUUGCAGAUAGACCCAUCGCAAGCGGCGCUACUUGCUGAAAAUAGCCGACUGUUGUACAGUGAAUCUAUUAUUACUGCCGAUUUGUGAAUACAUAUUUUCACUUGUAUAUUGAUAAUUAUUGAUAUUGUAAUGUUUUUUUAUCUUUGUAAAUAUAAAAUAGCCUCAACGAAAUGCGAAAGUUUAUAUUGUUAUGAUGCUUAAAUGUGUUUGAAAGAAAAGGACACUCGUCUCACCUCAUCUCUAGGACAGAUGAUAUUGAUACAAUGCAAAACCUGAAACGUUUUCUACAGUAACUUCAUGGCAGAAAAGCCUUAACAUUUUAAAAGAGACUAAAUUUCGACUUACAACACGGAGUUGUUUUAAAAUUACCAUGGGUUUGUCUAAACCAUCUGUCUUUAUUUUUACCUACUGAUGACUUGAAGGUUUUAAAAAAAAAAUCUCUUUUUUCCCUAUACAGAAUAUGUACUUGUACAUUGAUGGCAAUUAUAUUUUAAAGUAUUAAAUAUUUGCCAUUUUCAUAUGAUCACAAGUAUGAAUAAAAUUCUGCUAUAUACUCCUAGGGGAACCAUUUUUAGUGCUAAACAUCACCUAUGUAGAACCUGUGUACUAUUUAGCACCAAUUUAUAUACAUAUAUAUAUUGAGUAUAUAGCAAAAUUUCUAGAAUUUAUGGAAUAGGCUAUAAAUUGGCUAACUAUACAUCACCAGUGCCUUAACAUCAAAAUUAUGAGCAUGUGCCUGUAUGUUCACCAUAUGUGCCUCACAUUAUAUUCCAUUAAAUCAGACCUACAGUUUCAGUUUGUGCCUUAAAGGGAUAGUUCACCCAAAAAUGAAAAUUCUGUCAUCAUUUACUCACUCUCAUGUUGUUACAAACCUGUAUAAAUUUUGUUGU